CUCGAUCAAUAAAUUCGACAGAUACAUUUGGCCAAACGCCACAUUUCAAGUGCUUGUAUCCAUACGCAUUUUCGACCAUUAUCAUCCACCGGUAGUAGGACCACACCACCUCAGUUUAUUUCAUUUGUUGCCAGCUCACUAAGUAACCAUGGAUGAAGAAUAUGAUGUGAUCGUUCUUGGAACGGGACUCAAGGAAUGCAUUCUGAGUGGAAUGAUGUCGGUGAGUGGUAAGAAGGUUCUACACAUCGACAGGAACAAGUACUACGGAGGAGAUAUUGCUUCCAUAACACCAUUGGAGGAUUUCUUCUCCAUGUAUGGAAUGAAAAUGCCAGAGGACAAGUAUGGACGAGGCAGAGAUUGGAGCGUGGACUUGAUUCCAAAGUUCUUGAUGGCUAAUGGUCAGCUGGUGAAGCUCCUGAUUUACACAGGUGUGACUCGUUACCUGGAGUUCAAGUGUCUGGAAGGAAGCUACGUGUGUAAAGGAAACAAAGUCUACAAGAUGCCUGCUGACGAGAAAGAGGCUCUCACUACAAAUUUAAUGGGCAUUUUUGAAAAGAGAAGGUUCAGAAAACUGAUGAUGUACAUCAAUGACUUUAACUUGGAAGACCCCAAAAGUUGGCAGGGAAUCGACCCGAAACAGAACACGGCGGAGGAUCUGUAUAAUAAGUUUGGUGUGGAUAAGAACACCAUUGAUGUGACAGGACAUGCUUUGGCUCUACACCUUAAUGAUGCUUAUCUCAAACAGCCCUGCUUGGAGUUCAUCCUGCGGGUAAAGCUGUACCAGGACUCUAUACAGAGAUAUGGAAAGUCCCCAUUCCUGUACCCCCUGUAUGGAUUAGGGGAAUUGCCUCAGGGUUUUGCUAGAUUGAGUGCAAUAUACGGGGGAACUUAUAUGUUGGACCGCCCCGACGUCACAGUUGUGUACGAGGAUGGCAAAGUUGUUGGAGUGAAGGCACAGGGCGAGACUGCCAAGUGCAAAAAGGUCAUUUGUGAUCCUUCUUAUGCAAAGGACAAAUGUAAACAUGCAGGAAAGGUGGUGAGAGCGAUCUGCAUUUUGAAUCACCCUGUACCCAACACCAAUGACAUGAAAUCCGCUCAGAUCAUUAUGCCUCAGCACCAGGUCAACAGAAAUUGGGAUAUUUACAUAAGUGUGAUAUCACAUGAACACAUGGUAGUGGGCAAAGGUUUCUGGUUGGCUAUUGUCAGUACUACUGUGGAAACAGACAACCCAGAGGCGGAGCUACAGCCUGGCCUUGACCUGUUGGGACCAAUUGAACAAAAGUUUGUGUCUGUUAGUGAUAUGAUGGAACCCAUAGAUAAUGGAAAGGACUCCCAGAUUUUCAUCACAAAAUCCUAUGAUGCAACUUCUCAUUUCGAAACAACCUGUAUAGACGUGUUGGAAACUUAUAAAAGGGCCACUGGUGAAGACUUUGAUUUCUCCAAGAUCAAGAUCCCCGAUGAAGAGGAGACAAACUAGUGCUCCUGUCGAAAUUUGGCACAGUGCCAAACUGGUGUAUGUGUUCGUUUUGAAUGGACAUUUGGCAGUGUACUUUUUCGUUUCUUCUUUCUUAAAUUAUGGACAAAAGCAUGAAUAUUUGCCAACACUUGAACUUAACAAACACCCAGCAUGAAAAAUUUAUCAUUCCAAGUUAUGGGCAGACAGGCAAUAAUGGACUGACUUUGUACAGAGGUCAUUAAGUGUCAAAAGGUCAGAAAACAUCAACAAUAAUGAGAGGGAUUUGGGUGUCGUAUGAUGGUGGUGUGUAGUUAAUGAUAGCAAAGCUUAUUGUCAAGAGUAUCAUUAAGUUGCUUGCUUAAUAAAGUGGACAGUGAACGUGAAAUUGGAGCAAGGUAAUUAGAUAGAACAUAUUUUUUUUUAUUGUUUCUGAGGCUUUUAAACUGAAUAGACAUGUGCAUUAAAUGUGAUUUUUUUUUAAUGCCUGAUUUUCAUCAAAGAUUAUUACGUUGAGAGUUGUGAUGUAAACCUGCAAGGUUUUGCAAUAUUGUUGAAUCUUUACAAAACAAAAUCCACAAGAAUUUUAUCACACGCGUGAUUUAGUGUAAAGUCAAAUGCUUACAAAAUAUGGGUAUCUUGUACAUUCAGUAUUUACGUCUUGUUCAUCAGAACUAGAAAUUCAAUGUUGUACGCUCUUCUCAAAUAUUGUUAACCAUUUGUUGCACUUCAAAGAGAUUAAUAUUGAAGCCAUUUCGUCCAGCAAUUUUGCCUGGUGCACUUGUAAAGUUUAUCAGCUUUGACAAAAGCAUGUUAUUUGGGCAAAUAAAUUGUUUUAAAAGUACCAUGAAAUCAUGUUAUACAUGCAAUUUUCAUAUAUUUGUUCAUACCUAACCAAUAUACUUGUGACAUUUUAUAAAAAUGAAAUGUUUUUGUGGUAAAUUAUCAAUACACUGUAUGUGCUGUAAGGAGCAGUUUAUGUGUAAUUUGGUAUUAUAGUGGAACACAUUGGUAUAUGCUUGUUUAAGUCUCCUAGUCAGUAUAUUAAAGGUAUGUAAAGACUUUCUUGUACUGAGACACGAUUAUUUAAUAUGAAUAAAUGUAUGAUCAUAAA